CACUACACAAACACUACAACCACUAUACAUUGCACCUGUAUAGAUUAUCUCCUUUAUAAUUCUUAUUUUACUUUCUGUAUCCCUUCUUUCUUUCUUUCUUUAAAUAAUCAUAAUAAUAAUAAUAAUAAUAAUAAUAAUAAUGGCAUCUUCAAAAUCAAUGUUUCGUAAUGACCUACGUGGUGUAGAUGCAUACACUCGACACAAAAAGUUGAUUAGAGACUACACACUUUUUUACAACCAUCAAAUACCUAAAAAUGAAGUAAAAUACAAGACCGAGAUUGAGAUCAUUCGAGAGAAUCACAAGUUUAUUCGCAAUCAAGAUGAAGACGAGGCCGAAGAUGCACCAUGGGAACAACGUGCAGCCAAGAAAUAUUAUGAUAAACUCUUCAAAGAAUAUGCCAUUGGUGAAUUAAAGUACUACAAAGAAUCAAAAAUUGCUUUACGCUGGCGUACAGAGGGUGAAGUAGUAUCUGGCCAGUUUGUGUGUGCUUCUACACGCUGCGAUUCUACUCACAGUCUGGAGAGUUGGGAAGUCAAUUUCAGAUAUGCAGAGGAUGGCGAGGUCAAGAAUGAAUUGGUGAAAAUCAGACUUUGCCCAUCAUGUUCUGAUAAAUUAAACUACACUACACAAAAGAGGUUGGCCAAGAAAGAAAAGAAGGACAAAUUGAAACGGAAGCGGGAUCAAAAGCGAGAACAAGAACGAGAUUCAAACAAGUCUUCCCGUAAACGAUCCAAAAAAUCUUCUGGUAGUAAAUCUGCUGCAGAAGAUGAAAGCCAAAGUGAAAGUGAAAGCGAAAGUGAAGAAGACGAAGGCGAGAGAAUGGGUAAAAAUAAAGAGUCCGAAGCAUCCAAUGUGUGGAAGCAGACUGCAGAAUCAAGAGAAGAAAGGUCAAAAGAGGAAGAAUUCGAGGAUUAUUUUGCAGAUCUAUUACAAUAA